AAAUAGGAUGCCUGGAGCCAGUGGCGUCAACGUGGAGAGCUCCUGUGAGGCUCUGUGUCGAACCCUGGUGUCCCAGAACGGCCUCCAGAGAGAGACGGCUGACAUCUCCCAGUCUGUCCUCUACACCUCGCUGAUGGGCCUGCUUCUGGUUACUGACGAUGAGAAAGAGCAACUCACCUUAGGAAGUGGAAGGGUUGGCCUUAGAAACAUUGGGAACACAUGUUUCCUGAAUGCAAUAGUCCAGUGUUUGUCUCACACACGCGGCCUACGGGAUUACUGCCUCCUCAAAUCUUACAGGCAUGAGAAGUUCUCCAAAGAGGAAGCGAAACUUAUGGAAGCUUUCUCUCAGGUGCUGUUAGGCUUUUGGGAUGUAAAUGAAGGAGACACAGUUGUAAAUCCACGACAAUUUUACAAUAUUUUCAGAGAAGCAGUGCCUUACUUCAGUGGAUACAGUCAACAGGAUGCUCAGGAGUUUCUCAGGUUUCUAUUGGACAAGCUGCACACAGAAAUCAACCGCAGGCCGUAUGUUCGACGAACAGGAAAGGACCCUGAGCAAAAAUAUACCCGAUUUAGGAUUUCUGAAGAGGCCGCUGCCAUGUGGAAGAAGCACUUAGAGAGAGAUGACAGCAGAAUAGUAGACUUGUUCUCAGGCCAGCUGCGGAGCUCGCUGCAUUGUUCAGUGUGCUCCCACUACUCCAACACAUUUGAUGUGUUCUGUGAUCUGUCGCUGCCCAUCCCCAAGAAGAGCUUCUCUGGGGAGGUCAUGCUGAGGGAUUGCCUGGACCUGUUCUCUCAGGAGGAGAAACUGGACAAGGAGAAUUCACCUAUGUGUGAAAGGUGUAACAGGCGUACAGAAUGCACCAAGCGGCUGUCCAUCCAGAGGUUUCCCCAGGUUAUUGUGAUCCAUUUGAAUCGUUUUACAACGUCAAGGUGGUCUAUCAGUAAAAGCACCGUGUAUGUGUCCUUCCCGCUCACUAACCUGGACCUUGGACCCUAUGGACCUGUUGACUGCGGCCCUGUACUGUAUGAUUUAUAUGCAAUAUGUAACCACGCUGGGACGGUGAACAUGGGUCACUACACAGCCUGCUGCUUAGAUGAGAAUGGCUGGUGCUACUACAAUGACUCCAGUGUGACUCCAGUCUCAGAGAACCAGCUUCAGACCAAUCAAGCCUAUGUGUUGUUCUACCAGCGCAGCAACAGCACCGCCACCAUAAGGAAAUAGAUUUCAGACUGGCUGAGGCAGGCAGCCAAUCAGAGCAACUUUACCUCCAGUGUCCAUAGAAACAAAUAGAAGCAGCAGUGCUGUAACACUGGCAUCUAUGAACUUCUCAAGCUCAAUGAGCAUGCCCUCAAAUAAACCCUGAGGAGCAGGAGAGCGAAGCCAUGCUCACAUUAGGGGGGCUUUAAAAGGUGACCGGCCCCUCUAAAUCAUGGAGAGGCUGUUAAAUUGUCUCAGUGACAGUGAUAAGACAGUUCAGGCUGACUGUAGCCUUAAGAGUCUCUGUGCCCUAUUUCUCAGACAGGAGUGAGCGAUGUACUUGCACAUGAUGCAGAGCUCAUCAUUUAAGAUAAUUGUGAUUCAUGCUUGCUAACAUAACCCUGAAUAAAUAGAAAUAUAUCUUGGGUGAAAUAGAAAGUGGGAAACAUUUUAAGCUACAGUUUGUGAAAAUGUAGUUUAAUUUAACAUGUAAAUAUCUGUAGCCUAUGCUAUAUCUAUGCUGUGUUUUUAUCUUAAUAUUCCUGCAUGGGGAUGUAUUUAUUCCAGUCUGGUGUCUUGAACAUAUCAGUAUGGGCUAUAUUUUCCCUUAAUUUAUAUCUGUAUAUACACAUGUAUGUAUGUAUGUAUGUAUGUAUGUAUGUAUGUAUGUAUGUAUCAAUUUUUUUUUUUACAUUUGUGUCUACUGCUAUAGAACAAAAGUUUAAUUAUAUUUUGUAUAUAUGGGCGAAUACACAAUUGAAUGUACUGCAUAAUUUAUCUUUGA